GGAAGCGUUUGCGCGAGGGUGACUUGCAGACCUCUUUGUUCUUGCAGCUGGGUAAACCCGGACUGUAGCUGAGAUGGUCUGAUCUCAGUUGUCGGAUUGGGUGCUCUUCGGAGAGGAUUUAGCUAUAAAAGAAGUAGUCUUAAGAAACCUUUUGAAGUUACCUCUAUAGAGAACAUCACCGCAAGAAGCAACCAUGCCUGCAGAAAUUGGGAAAACUGAUAUGGAGAGGAUUGGCCUCUUCAGUGAAAUGGAAUAUAUUACUGUUGGUGAUAAAUAUGUGACACAAUUUAAUCGACCCUUUAAUGAAGCUGCAAGCAAAAAUAAACAGAUGCUACCUGGGGGAUCCAAAGAAAUGUCAGAUCUCCAGGCAGGUUAUUUUGACCCCCAUUUUGUAAGGAUAUUUGAAGGUGAAAGCUACGUAAGUCUGAAUCAAGUGAGGAGACGGCAUAUGAUGGAAGAAGCCAAAAAAAAUCUAGGCAAAGCCUUCCUCCCUAGUAAUGGAGAUAAAAAGCCAUCUGGAUUAGGAAGCUAUUAUGGAACAAUAGGUGGACCAAUCCCAUUCUUCAGUGCACAGUCAAAACCCAGAGAAAAAUAUGAGGCACCUGGAAAGAAUUUAUAUACAAACCCAGGAAAGAAAGGAACUGGAUAUGGCUAUGCAAAUGUUACCAUAGGUAAACAGUUUUCACACUCUGCUGAUUUCUACGAUGCACCAAAACUAAAUUAUAAGAAAGAGAAUGAAGAACAUCAUCGUUUACUUAAAGGGACACCUUUCAAGUUAAAUCUUUACCCAAGUGAAUAUUUUGAUGCUAAUCCUUAUUUGUUUGGGAAAACUUUACCACCAGUUAAAAAAGUAGAGAAGAAAGAAUUACUUGGAAGCCCUUUUAAGCCUUCUUCUCCUGGUAAAAAGGCUGGUGGAAUGAAGGCAGGAACAUUUGAACCUUAUCCUUCACAUUCUGCUGACCCUUAUGUGGUUAAAUUGGCAAGCCAGGCUACCAGCAAAGGUGCUAAGGUAUUCCACCCACCAGGUGGACCGAAAAGCAGACCAGUUCAAAGUAUAAUGACUUUGAAUGUCAAAAGGACACUAAAUAUGAAGAACUACAAGACUGCUUCAGUACAGUCCUAUUAGCAUCUGGAAGACAAAUGGCUUUCUAGAUCCUGACUACCAUUAAUUCAUUAUCAACUGCUAAUUAUUUGAAAAAUAUAAGAUGUUAUGGAACAGAUAGGUCAAGCAUUUAAAAGAAAUUUACUACUACUAACCUAAUACUCUACCUUGUUUUAGUACUAUUACUUAAGGAAUAAACAGUGUUUAACAUAUAAUUACUGAUCUGUGUUUCUGAGGAGAACAUGAUGUUUAGAAAUUUUA